AUGGCGCACAUCUUCGAUAUCGGCACGCGGGCAUGGCAGCCAGACACGACCGAGGGCUGGGUAGCCUCAGAGGUCACGGAGAAGCAGAUUGUCGACGACAAAGUGAAGCUGGUCUUUAAGCUGGAGAAUGGCGAGACCAAAACCGUCGAGACCACCUUGUCUGCCAUUCAGACCGGCAAAGACCCAAAUCUGCCCCCCUUGAUGAACCCGGCCAUGCUCGAGGCCAGCGACGACCUCACCAACCUGUCACAUCUGAACGAGCCAGCUGUGCUCCAGGCCAUCAAGCUGCGCUAUCUGCAGAAGGAAAUCUACACGUACUCGGGUAUCGUCCUGAUUGCAACGAAUCCUUUCGCACGUGUGGACUCGCUAUAUGUCCCUGGUAUGGUGCAGGUCUACGCCGGCAAACAGAGAUCUUAUGGCGCUCCUCAUUUGUUCGCCAUUGCUGAAGAAGCUUUUGCGGACAUGUUGCGAGACCAGAAGAACCAGACGGUCGUUGUUUCUGGCGAGUCCGGAGCCGGUAAAACCGUCAGCGCCAAAUACAUCAUGCGAUACUUUGCGACACGAGAGUCCCCAGACAACCCAGGCAAGCGAAGAGGCAAGGUCGAUGCCAUGAGCGAGACGGAGGAGCAGAUUUUAGCUACCAAUCCCAUCAUGGAAGCCUUUGGUAACGCCAAAACCACCCGAAACGACAACUCGUCUCGCUUCGGUAAAUACAUCGAGAUUAUGUUCAACAAGCAGACGGACAUCAUCGGUGCAAAGAUUAGGACAUAUCUGCUGGAACGGUCGAGACUGGUGUUUCAGCCGCUCAAGGAACGUAAUUACCACGUUUUCUACCAGCUCGUAGCAGGAGCUACGGAUGCGGAGCGGGAAGAGCUGUCAUUGAAAUCGGUCGAAGAGUUCAGCUACCUCAAUCAAGGGAGUUCGCCUGUGAUUGAUGGUAUGGACGAUGUGGCUGAGUUUAAGGCGACAAAAGACUCUUUGACGAAGAUUGGCGUUCCCCCAGAAACUCAAUCUGGCAUCUGGCGACUGCUUGCGGCUCUUUUACAUAUGGGAGAUGUCAAGAUUACGGCGACGCGGACUGACUCGAACCUCGCGCCGGACGAACCGGCCUUGGUCAAGGCUGCCCACCUGCUUGGGAUAGACGCAAAUAACUUCGCAAAGUGGACAGUGAAGAAGCAACUGAUUACAAGAGGAGAAAAGAUUGUUUCGAAUUUGACCCAACAACAGGCCAUAGUCGUACGAGACUCCGUUGCCAAGUUCAUUUACUCGAGUAUGUUUGACUGGCUAGUCGAACGUACCAACGAAAGUCUUGCCACGGAGGAGGUACUAUCGCAUGCCCAUACCUUCAUUGGUGUCCUGGAUAUCUACGGGUUCGAGCAUUUCGCAAAGAAUUCUUUCGAGCAGUUCUGUAUCAACUACGCCAACGAAAAGCUGCAGCAAGAGUUCAACGCACACGUUUUCAAGCUCGAGCAAGAGGAAUACAUGAGGGAACGGAUCGACUGGACGUUCAUCGACUUUGCCGACAAUCAGCCUUGUAUCGAUCUCAUUGAGGGCAAGAUGGGAAUCCUUUCUCUCUUGGACGAAGAGUCACGCCUUCCCAUGGGCUCGGAUGAGCAGUUCGUAACCAAACUGCACCACAACUACUCCGGAGACAAGCACAAGUUCUACAAGAAACCCCGAUUUGGAAAAUCGUCGUUCACCGUCUGCCAUUAUGCGAUUGACGUUGCAUACGAAUCGGAUGGAUUCAUAGAAAAGAACAGGGACACUGUCCCCGACGAACACAUGGAAGUCCUCAGGGCUUCAAAUAACAAGUUCUUGCUCGAAGUUUUGGACGUGGCUGCACAGAUCCGGGAGAAGGAGAAUGCUAAUACCGCCUCCAGCAAAUCCGGUACUGCAAUGUCUGCUGGACGCAGGAUAGCCGUAAAUCGAAAACCGACACUAGGUGGUAUCUUCAAAUCUUCUCUCAUUGAACUUAUGCAAACCAUCAACUCUACCGAUGUUCAUUACAUCCGAUGUAUAAAACCCAACGAGGCCAAGGCAGCCUGGCAGUUCGACGGUCCUAUGGUCUUGGGUCAAUUGCGAGCUUGUGGUGUUCUCGAGACGGUCAGAAUUAGUUGCGCAGGAUAUCCAACCAGAUGGACAUAUGAGGAGUUCGCCCUCCGAUACUACAUGCUGGUAAGAUCCUCAGACUGGACGCCUGAGAUCCGAAACAUGGCUACGGCGAUUUUGAAGAAGGCAUUGGGUGCAGGCAAAAAUGACGGUACCGACAAGUACCAGAUGGGUCUGACAAAGAUCUUCUUCCGCGCCGGUAUGCUGGCGUUCCUCGAGAACUUGCGCACGGCUAGGCUCAACGACGCUGCCGUCAUGAUUCAGAAGAAUCUCCGAGCCAAGUACUAUCGCCGUAUUUACCUGGAAAUGCGCGAAGCCAUCAUCGCUGUGCAGUCGUUGGCUAGAGGCUACAUGACCAGAGAGCGUGCUGAGGACGCAAGGCAAGUCAAGGCUGCGACAACCAUCCAAAGAGUGUGGCGCGGAAGCAAGGAUCGCAAACAGUUCCUGUUCGUCCGUAAAUCCGUCAUCAAAUUUGAGGCCGCCGCAAAGGGCUUCCUUUUGCGAAAGAACCUCUUGGACACCAGGCUUGGAAAUGCCGCUCGCAUGAUUCAAAGAGCCUGGCGCAAACAGCGAGGAAUUCGCGAAUACCAGAAGCAGAGGAAAGAUAUCAUCAUCGUUCAAAAGCUGUGGAGAGGGCGGAAGGCACGCAAGGAGUACAAGUCUCUUCGCGCUGAAGCUCGCGAUCUCAAGAACAUCUCCUACAAACUGGAAAACAAGGUUCUCGAGCUUUCUCAAACCAAUGGUACUUUGAAGCAGCAAAACAAGUCUCUCCAGUCGCAGAUCGAGAACUACGAAAACCAGAUCAAGUCCUACAAGGAACGUAGUCGGACUCUCGAAAACCGGCAAAAGGAGCUGCAAGCCGAAGCGAACCAGGCUGGUAUCACUGCUGCCAAGCUCAGUCAGAUGGAGGACGAGUACAAGAGACUGCAAACAAGCCACGAUGAGAGCACCGCGAAGAUGCGGCAUCUGCAGGAAGAGGAGAAGGAACUCCGCGCCUCGCUCAAGAGGACUACGGAAGACCUCGAGCAGUCCAAGAGGAGGAGCAAUGUCACUGAAACGGAGAAGAUGUCGCUUCGACAACAACUAGCCGAUUUGCAAGAGCAAGUCGAGCUCAUGAAGCGGUCUGCUCCUAUCCCUGGCGAUAUGACAAACGGUCAUGCUCCGAUCAGCGCAAGCAGUUUGAUCAACCUUGUAUCUUCCAAGAAGCCGAAGAGGCGAAGCGCUGGACCGGAUACGCGCGAUCUGGAUCGCUUCAGCCAACAAUACAACCCACGACCUGUUUCCCUGGCCGUCGGCUCCACUGCUCAUAGACAGAACUUGUCAGGCUCGACCUUUGCUCAGCUCGAUAACGUCGAGCUUGAGCUUGAGAACAUCCUUGCUGAGGAGGAUAUGCUCAACGAUGAGGUCACUCUCGGUCUCAUCAAGAACCUGAAGAUCCCAUCACCUAGCACUACACCUCCACCAACGGACAAGGAGGUCCUCUUCCCCGCGUACCUCAUCAACCUCGUCACCUCCGAGAUGUGGAACAACGGUUUCGUCAAGGAGUCCGAGCGCUUCCUUGCGAACGUCAUGCAGUCUAUCCAGCAAGAAGUCAUGCAGCACGACGCGGAUGAUGCAAUCAACCCAGGCACCUUCUGGCUCUCAAAUGUCCACGAGAUGCUGUCAUUCGUUUUCCUUGCCGAAGACUGGUACGAGCAGCAAAAGACCGAAAACUACGAAUAUGACCGGUUAUUGGAGAUUGUCAAGCACGAUCUGGAGAGUCUCGAGUUCAACAUCUACCACACCUGGAUGAAGGUGCUCAAGAAGAAGCUACACAAGAUGAUCAUCCCCGCCAUCAUCGAGUCGCAAUCCCUCCCCGGCUUUGUCACCAACGAAAGCAACCGCUUCCUUGGCAAGCUCCUCCAAGGCAGCAGCACCCCUGCCUACAGCAUGGACAACCUUCUCAGCCUGCUGAAUAGCGUCUAUAGAGCCAUGAAGGCCUACUACCUCGAAGACUCCAUCAUCACUCAGUGUGUAACGGAGUUGCUUCGAUUGGUCGGCGUAACUGCCUUUAACGACCUCCUCAUGCGCCGCAACUUCCUCUCCUGGAAGCGCGGCCUUCAAAUAAACUACAACAUCACGCGUAUCGAAGAAUGGUGCAAGUCACACGACAUGCCCGAAGGCACGCUGCAGCUCGAGCAUCUCAUGCAAGCUACCAAGCUCCUGCAGCUCAAGAAAGCUACCCUCAACGAUAUUGAGAUUAUUCAGGAUAUCUGCUGGAUGCUGAGCCCUAAUCAGAUACAGAAGUUGUUGAACCAGUACUUGGUGGCCGACUAUGAGCAGCCGAUUAACGGCGAGAUCAUGAAGGCUGUCGCGUCCAGGGUGACAGAGAAGAGCGACGUUCUCUUGCUGACAGCCGUGGACAUGGAGGAUUCUGGGCCGUAUGCAAUUGCGGAGCCGAGGGUCAUUACGGCGUUGGAGACGUACACGCCUUCUUGGCUGCAAACUCCCCGUCUCAAGCGCCUCGCUGAGAUUGUCUCGCAACAAGCCAUCGCGCAGCAGGAAAAAAUGGAGUUUGAUACUAACGGCGAUGGAAUGAACGGUCACGACACGAUCGAAGAGGGAAUUGAGGCAUAG